AUGGCGAGAGACUCUUCGACCACAUUGUCGUCUUCCCCUCGAAGACUAAAGGUACGGGGCUCGAGGUCAGGAAUAUUGGAUUUACAGCUAAAUUGUGGCGUAGGAUUAGGGCCUUCUUUAACGCCAAAGCUUCUUCUUCAGUUCAUCAAUCAGCAAGGCAAUAUUUUGUUAGCUUUGGCAGGGGACUCCCCCACUCCUUCAGCGAUAUCAUCCCUUCUUGCCGAGCUCGACAUACAUCUUUCACCUGAUCGGAAUUCGCUCGUGCUAGAUCAUUUUCACCACGAUGUUUUGUCUUCCUCCGAUCAACACGACGUUCUUGUACUACCAAGACCUCAGCCGUCUCGUCCAGAUGUUCGAUCAUUCUUCGGUGGUGAUGGAGUUCUUGCAUUUCCGAGGGCUGUUGCUCAAGAACUUGGUUCCCGAAGUGCAUUGCUCGCUCCUAUUUUAAAGGCCCAGAAUACCGCCUACAGCUAUAACCCGAAGGAGGAGAAGGAGAUCGUUGAGGAUCCUUUUGAAGUGGGCCAGCAGAUAUCAAUUGUGUCGGCGAUGCAAGCUAGAAAUUCUGCAAGAUUUACGGUUUAUGGCUCUGUGGAGGCACUGGAGAAUAAAUGGUUUGACGCACAAGUCCAGACUACUGAAGUAAGCUCUAUGCACACCGCGAAUAGGGAUUUUGCCCGACAAGUCAGUGCUUGGACAUUCCAAGAGAUCGGCAUACUUAAAUCUGGAAAGGUUGAGCAUCACGAAAGUUCAACAGUACCCAAAAUGAAGAGCAACGACGACGUGGUUCAGGUGGGCUUUUUAAAUCCGUCCAUCUAUAGAAUCAAGAACGAUGUGACAUUUAACAUCGAACUUUCCGAAUAUGACCGUGAUCAUUUAAAGCCUUUCCAAGUUCAGUCACCGGAUGCUCUACAAAUUGAAUUUAGCAUGCUAUCUCCAUUUCAACGUUUGAACUUGGAGCCCGUGUCAAGAACUCUUAACAGCACUGUCUUUAGCUCUACCUUUAGACUGCCUGACCAACAUGGCAUCUUUCGAUUCGAGGUCAAUUACAAGCGCCCCUUCUUGACUUACAUAGAUGUAAAGCGAGAGGUGACAGUACGACACUUUGCGCACGAUGAGUGGCCGCGAAGCUGGCAAAUUUCUGGAGGCUGGGUGUGGAUUACAGGCAUCUGGGCCACUAUCUUGGGGUGGGUUGCCUUCGUUGCCAUCUGGUUGUGGAGUGGACCGGCAUAUGGGGAAAAACUAGUAAAGAAGAUGCAAUGA